GUCGUGUCGAUACUCCGUGAGGCAGGGCAACGCUCAAGCCGACUCCUCGCCCUCAACCAUGGCAAUCACUAAGAAGGUGGGCAAGAAGGCAGCGGCCAAGAAAGGUGGCGGCGGGCCGGCCAAGGUAGCGAAGGCAGACUGGAAAGAAGGAUUCAAGAAGAAACAAGUUGGCGUUACUGACAUGACACUUCUCACAACUAUCAGCAACGAAAGCAUCAACGAGAAUCUCCAGAAACGCUGGACGAACGGGGAGAUCUAUACCUACAUUGGUAGCGUGCUCAUUUCAGUAAACCCCUUCCGAGAUCUUGGAAUAUAUACCGAUGAGGUUCUUCACCGCUACAAGGGCAAGAACCGUCUUGAAGUACCUCCACAUGUCUUCGGCAUCGCCGAGUCCGCAUACUAUAACAUGAAUGCGUAUCACGAGAAUCAGUGUGUCAUCAUCUCCGGGGAGUCGGGUGCUGGCAAGACAGAGGCUGCGAAACGCAUUAUGCAGUACAUCGCCGCAGUUUCAGGUGGCCAAGACAGCAGUAUCCAGGAAAUAAAGGACAUGGUGCUCGCAACAAACCCACUUCUGGAAAGUUUCGGCUGUGCAAAGACACUACGCAAUAACAACUCUAGCCGACACGGUAAAUACUUGGAAAUCAUGUUUAAUGACCACGGGGAGCCUAUUGGCGCACAAAUAACCAAUUAUCUACUCGAGAAGGGGCGUGUCGUGGGGCAAGUGGAAAACGAAAGAAACUUCCACAUUUUCUAUCAGUUUACAAAGGCAGCGUCGGAUGAGCAGAGAGAGCAGUUCGGACUUCAGGGGCCAGAAUCUUACGCUUACACGAGCCUCAGCAACUGCUUGGAUGUUCAAGGCAUUGAUGACACAGCCGACUACUCUGAGACGAUUAAUGCUAUGAACGUCAUUGGUCUCACUGCCGAUGAGCAGAAUGAGAUUUUCAAGAUGCUAGCUAUCAUCCUGUGGUUAGGAAACGUGCAGUACGAAGAAGCUGAUGACGGCAAUUCACGUGUCGCUGAUACUGGAGUUACCGACUUUAUCGCCUACCUCAUGGACGUCGAUGGUGCUCAGGUGCAGAAGGUGAUGACUAGCAGGGUGAUGGAGACUCAACGUGGUGGCAGACGUGGUUCGGUCUAUGACGUUCCUCUUAACCCUGCCCAAGCCACUUCUGGGCGAGAUGCGCUGGCCAAAGCUAUCUAUAACAAUCUGUUUGAAUGGAUUGUUUCACGUAUCAACGUCUCUAUGAAGCCGAGAAGCGCGACCGCUCAAGUCAUUGGCAUUUUGGAUAUUUUCGGCUUCGAGAUUUUCGAGGACAACUCCUUCGAGCAAUUGUGCAUCAACUACGUCAACGAGAAACUCCAACAGAUUUUCAUCGAACUUACUCUGAAGACGGAGCAGGAGGAGUACGUCAGGGAGCAGAUCAAGUGGACUCCGAUCAACUAUUUUAACAACAAGAUUGUAUGCGAUUUAAUUGAGGAGAAGAGACCUCCAGGGAUCUUUGCCGCACUCAACGACGCCUGUGCCACUGCGCAUGCUGAUCCCACUGCGGCAGACAACAGCUUCAUUCAGCGCACGUCUAUGCUGUCCUCAAACCCUCACUUUGAGGCUCGGGGCGCUCAAUUCUUGGUUCGCCAUUACGCCGGCGAUGUCAUGUAUAACGUUGCUGGCAUGACAGACAAGAACAAGGAUUCACUCAUCAAGGAUCUCUUGGACCUAAUUGGGAGCAGUGGAAAUCCGUUCCUCCAGUCAUUAUUCCCAGAUCGUCCUGAUCCAUCUAGUAAAAAGAGACCCCCCACUGCCGGGGAUAGGAUCAAGGCGUCUGCUAGUGCCCUUGUCGAAAAUUUGAUGAAAGCGCAACCUUCCUACAUUCGAACUAUCAAGCCCAACCAGAAUCGUAGUGGUACCGAAUACGACUCUAAAGCCAUCCUGCACCAAAUCAAAUAUCUCGGCUUACAAGAGAACAUUCGUGUUCGGCGUGCUGGAUUUGCUUACCGCAACACUUUUGAGAAGAUGAUUGAAAGAUUUUAUCUUCUGUCUCCCGAAACUUCGUAUGCGGGGGAGUACACUUGGCAAGGCAACUCAAAGUCAGGAUGCGAACAGAUCUUGAAAGACACUGGCAUUGCUAAAGAGGAGUGGCAGAUGGGUGUGACGAAGGCUUUUAUCAAGAAUCCAGAAACUCUGUUUGCCCUUGAGACAAUGCGCGACAGGUACUGGCACAACAUGGCGGGUCGUAUUCAGCGUGCUUGGCGUAAUUACUGGCGAUACAAAAAUGAUUGCGCUCGGAGGAUACAACGCUUCUGGAAGAACAAUAAAGAGGCGCUCGAGUACGCAAAGGUCCGAGACUAUGGUCAUCAACUACUUGCACAACGCAAGGAGCGACGCAGAUUCAGUCUUCUCAGCUAUCGUCGCUUCAUGGGUGACUACCUCGACGUCAAUGGACAAGCUGAGCUCGGCGCCGAACUGCGAAGUGCCUGUGGUCUUGGAUCGGAUCAGGCGACUUUCAGUGCAAGAGCACAAACCCUGGUAUCGAAGUUCGGACGUUCCAGUAAACCUUCUCCCCGCUUCCUUGUUGUAACUGAGAAAGCCCUGCACAUUGUCUCUGUAUCGGCCUCUAAGGACGGAGCAGCCCAGUAUGUGCUUGAUCGGAAGAUACCGCUAGUCACAAUCAAGACUAUCUCAAUGUCCAACAUGAGAGAUGACUGGUUUGUUGUGGGCUGCGGCAUCUCCGAAGAAGGAGAUCCCAUCCUCCACUGUUACUUCAAGACUGAGUUGGUCACCAAUUUGAUGCAGCUCACUCAAGCCAGCAUUACGUUGACGAUUACGGCUACGAUUUCUUAUGCCAAGAAGAAAGACAAGAGGGCUGAGAUCAAGUUCAUCAAGGAUGAGACGGUCACUAAGGAUGACCUGUAUAAGAGUCAUAGCGUACAUGUACCUUCAGGCGAGCCACCCAGUAGCCUGUCAAGACCUCCGGCGAAGCGAAAGGCAGGUGUUGUCCGACCCAUCACUCAGGGCAAGCUUUUGAGAGCCGGUGGUCCCUCUGACAAACCCAAGUCGACCGCCCGACCGAAGCCAGCGGCCCAGCCUCUGCCAGGGAAGCCUGCUCCUGCAGCAGCAGCAGGUUCUACUCCAGCCGCACCUACUCCCAAAUCAGCCCCUGCUUCGAAGCCCCCACCGGGAAAACCUGCCCCCGCUCGAGGUCCCGCUCCCCCUCCACCACCGCCACCUCCUCCACCCCCUGCUGCAGCUACUGAGUCGGAAGCGGAACUCUACAAGGCAAAAUUUGCAUUUGAGGAUGCCCAAGAGGGAGAAAUGAAUUUGAAGAAGGACGACAUAGUAGAGUUAGUAGAGAAGGAUAACAACGGCUGGUGGCUUGUUAAAAAGGACGGACAAGAAGGCUGGGCACCAAACAACUACCUUGAACUUGUCCCGCCCAAGCCCAAAGCGGCGCCUGCCGCACCUCCACCACCAGCUCGCCGUACGCCCCCGGCCGCUCCCAAACCAAGUAAUGGUUCGUCCAUAUCCGCCAAGUCAGUCGCGGCAGACGUAAGUGCCAAACCUGUGGCGGUCUUCCCAGGUAUGGCAGCUGGAAAUGGAUCUGCGGCGCCAUGGAAGAAGGCCACAGCGAGUGCUGGGUCAUCCGAUAUUACUCCUACUAGCUCAAGACCAUCAAGUUCACUAGCUGGCAAGCCAGCUCCGCCUCCUGUUGGUUCGAAGCCGAAGGCAACACCACCACCUGUUGCCGCAAAACCAGGCGCACCAAAACCCCCUGCGAAACCGCCAGUACCAACCGCAGCCCGUCCCACUUCGGGUGCUCCAGCUAACAAACCAACCGCAGGUAGACCGGGUGCUCCUGUUGGCCAGAUGGAUCUUGCUGCAGCUCUCGCAAAGAGGGCACAGAGAGCCGCAGAUGGCGAGUAGUUGGCAGACGGCAUUGCUAUUCAUGUUUUGUAUUAUAUCCUCGGGCAACAGGACAAUAGAGUUCAUUUCCUUAAGAAUUAAGAUGUUACCGAUAAUAGUGGUAUAUAACAACGGUUCCAAAUGUCUACAAAGCAGUGAAAGGAGUGCAUGGAUCAUUGAGAUCGAAGGAAUGUAACGUCAUGAGGGUGAAGUGACAGUUAUUGGGGGUGGCUGAGCGUAUUGAUGGGGUGGAAUAGAUUCAUCCUCAGACGUGAAGUCGUGAUCAGUGUCCGGCACAUUGAGAUAAGACGAGGACAUUCGAGUGGUUGCAUCGUCAUCGAGGUCGUCAGUUCCCCCUUGACUGAUGAUGUCCGAGGCAGCACUUCUACCACUGGAGCCUCUCCAGUGACGCACUUCGUCCGCAUGGAGCACUCUCGUCGUUCCUCGUUCGCCAAAGUCGGUAGGCCGUGUCUCUAGUGCCGCCUUGCCAGACGCAACGAGACCCUCAACCAUAGACUUUACGCGAAGGAACAUCUCGUCCUGAUCACCUGCGUAGUCUUCUUCUUCGCUAUUUGACUCAUCCUCCUCUUCUUCUACUUCAUGUGCCUCUUCUUCGUGAUCCUCGGCCUUCGUGGCCUUAAAUUGCUUUGGCGACAACGCGAGUCGUGCUUCUCGGAGUUUACGGCGCAGAUCACGGAUUUCCUUGGCCUGUCUGUGCUUAGUAGACUCAAGCGUCGCAUUGAUGGCAAGCAAGGAACGGUUGGUGAUCUCUAGGUCCGCGAUCUUGCGAUUGGUCUUAGCCUCGGCCCGAGCUUUAUGUUCAGAGCCUUCCGAGUCAACGUCGCUGCUGUCUCUGCGGUCGUUUACCAGGGUCAUAUCUUGCUCGGGUGACGAAUCAGGUGGAGGUGAGAUAAGUCUGCUAGCGUGACCAUCGUUCGGAUGUGACCCAACGGUGGAAGCACUCGCUUUACUUCCCUCAGAGUCAUCUGUUUUGUAUGAUAUCGACGAAUGGGAGAGCGAAGACCUGGAAGAUAACGACAGUGCGGAAGUUGGAGGAGAAAGCGGAGGCAGGGGUAUACUGCUUUGUUCUUGCUUCACAGGGGCAGAACGGGUAUCUGAGACUGAGUCACUGUCCCUGGCCAUAAACGGCUGGUAAAGGCGAGGACUAUGCGGAAUUGGGCGGGGCGAAACGAAACGAUGAGGAUUGGCCGCUGGCGCACCCAUAGUGAUGGGGUAAUAGGGGCCAUCUGGCGUACGACUUCGUGCAGGAUGGCUCUGUGAAAAGGCGGACGUCACGGAGGGCGUUCGCGCGCGGUGGUGGGCUAUCGGACGUGUCGUUGCCCAAGGUGGCUGAGGCGACGUGUUUUCCACCGCGCUCGGCAUGGAUUUAACCACUCCGGAUACUUUGGCCUUGAUCUUGAGGGGUCUAUUCACGCCUGCUUCGCUCUCCGACGUGAAGGAAUGUUCGGAGAGCGGGGAAGGCUGUGGUGACGAUGGAACAUGAAGGGAAGCUGUUGUGAGAGUAUUCUGGAGUGUCGAGCUGCCUGUACUCCCGCGUGGUCGAGUCGGUCUGGCUGUUGGAGACAGCUCCUUUGCGCCUCCUGAGGAGCGGGCUGAUAUGGUGGAUUGAGAAGCGAUCGAUUUAGAGGUAGGACGAGCAGUGACUCGCGCCUUGAUGGCCAGCGACUGAGCUGUGGGGCUUGGAGGAGGCCUUGAGGGUGAAACUGGUCUCGAAGGAGCAGGCGAAGCGGUACGGACAGGCCUGUUGCCAUUGGUUUGGGAGGAUGUGCUGGAAAGCUUGCGGACUGUGGCCGAAUUGCUGAGUCUGGCCUUGGGUUUGAAGAUAGGUGGGGGGGAGAGCGACGCCUGGGUGCUCUCGAGAGGAGAUGGGGGUCUGGAACGGGACGUGUUGGGUCGAGAGACUGGAUGUACAUUGCUAUGGUCAAUCCUCGCUGUUACCU